CGCUAAUCGGACGGACGUUAGGACCCUGCGGGAAACCAUCAACGCAGCCUGGCUACACAGCCGAGUAACGACGUGCUAACUAGCUAGCUAGCUAGCCGGUCGCUUUGCCCAGCUCGGCAGGAGGAUUCCCCCCAUAUGCCUAAGUAUUAAUAACCCGGCGUUGGUGUUUACUUUUAUUUUCUGUUCACCACCCGGGCUGUUUAACUAUGCCGAGUAAAAAGAAGAAAUAUAACGCCAGGUUCCCUCCGGCAAGAAUUAAGAAGAUUAUGCAAACAGACGAAGAAAUUGGCAAAGUGGCUGCAGCAGUACCUGUUAUUAUUUCGAGAGCCCUGGAGCUUUUCCUAGAGUCACUGCUGACAAAGGCUUGUGAUGUCACCCAGUCCAAGAACGCAAAGACGAUGACGACGUCUCACUUGAAGCAGUGCAUCGAACUGGAGCAGCAGUUUGAUUUCUUGAAAGACCUGGUGGCAACCGUGCCCGACAUGCAGGGAGAGGGGGACGAAAACCACGCCGAGGCAUCGGGCGACAAAGUCUCUCGCCGUGGUCGAAAGCGUGGGUCUGGUCACAAAAACGGUGGAUCGGGAUCCAAGGGCAAGGACAAGAAGCUGUCCGGCACCGAGUCGGAGCAGGAGGAGGACUCCGAGGACAGCGAGACAGACGGUGAUGAAGAGGACGGGUCUCAGUCGAGCACAAAUCUGCAAGCUGCAUCCAAAUUCCACAGGAGCCUUUUGGCCAUGGAGACCAGCUGCUGGGUGUCUGCCACACCGGAGUCAGUUUGGAGGGACUGGAUGAGAUGCGGAUGAGGGGACAGGGCUGCGGAGCUAGCACUGAGCGCUGGGACGGAGAAGCUUUGCGGUGUCUUGGCUGGGUGAGCAGGUGUCGGACACCUCAGUCUCCUUGGGCGUGUCCUCGCUCAUCCAUGCGGACUGGACACUGGCCGAGAAUGGAGUCGGCUUUGUUGGGUCUGCUCCUGUCUCUGGCCAUGCUCCCUCCAUCCCAGCAGACGAUGGAGUGGAACGCCGCAGAGGCCACCACAGUGUAUAUGUUUCUUGUACUUUUUAUUCAUAGCUGUAUGUAGAAGUGUCUGGUUGUAUCUGCUGCAUUAUUGCUUUUUAUGUCCUUUUUGUUCUUUGAUGUUUGAUGUUUCCCUCUUACACACAUGUAAGAGGGAUGUGUACUAUGGCUAUGAGUUGUUUUUUUCCCUUGGUCUCAGUCUGCUCCCCCUCUCCAGGGCCCAGGCUAAGACCGAUUUUUUUAAAUUUUAUUUUAAUCUUCUAUUUUUUUCUCCCAUUCCCCCCCCUUGUUUACCUGUAUCUCAUCUUUUUUGUAAGGGGCGCUGGAAGCCGGCAGACCCGUCAGCGAUCCUGUUCUGUCUCCCUGUAAUGUUUGUUUGAUAUUGAAUGGGAUUGUGCUGAAAACUUAAAUUUUCCUGAGGGAACUCUCCUGACUGAAUAAAUAAAGUACUAUCUAAUCCA